AUGGCUGUCUACGGUCGCACAGCCAAAGGAACCGCUCCUCUUUUCAUCGCCCACAAAACUACCCUACUCACAGAGAAAAUGCAAAUUCUGAAGCGCUGGGGUGAGCACUUCAGAAGCUUCCGCAACCGUCCCUCAAUCGUCUUUUACGCCUCCAUCGACCGACUGCCACAAGUGGAGGCCAACGACGACCUCGACCUCGCGACUACCCUCCACGAAACCAUCCGGGCCGUGAGCCAACUCUCCAACGGGAAAUCGCCUGGGUCAGACGCAAUCCCUGCUGAAAUUUACAAGCACAGCGGUCCCGGCUUACGAGCCACCUGA